AAUGAAGCUUCCUACGUCAUCUGAAGCUACCGGAAGUGCGAGUUGUCUGUUCCCGCCCCGCCCGCUCACUCAACCCAACCCGAAGAGAAGGCGAGUCUACGGCUAAAAAUAUAAUUCCCAACACAAGAUGGCCGGGUUGCCUCGUAGGAUUAUAAAGGAGACGCAACGGUUGAUGGCAGAGCCGGUUCCGGGGAUCACGGCCACGCCCGAUGAAGGAAACGCUCGCUACUUCCACGUGGUCAUCGCAGGACCUCAAGACUCCCCCUACGAGGGAGGCACGUUUAAACUAGAACUAUUUCUUCCAGAAGAGUACCCCAUGGCAGCUCCCAAAGUGCGAUUCAUGACCAAAAUCUAUCACCCCAACGUCGACAAACUGGGAAGAAUAUGUUUAGACAUAUUGAAAGACAAGUGGUCCCCAGCCCUGCAGAUCCGCACAGUGUUGCUAUCUAUCCAGGCGUUAUUAAGUGCUCCCAACCCAGAUGACCCGCUGGCCAACGAUGUCGCAGAGCAGUGGAAGAAACAUGAAAUGCAUGCCAUUGAGACAGCCCAAACAUGGACUCGACUCUUUGCCAGCAACACUGAAGUAUAGAGGAAGAGAGAAGAGGCUUCUGAAUGUGAUCUACAAAAUGUACUCCUAUUCUGUCAACGUUUGAGUUUAACGGACACACACACAAAAAAAAAACAAAAAAACCAGAAGAAGAGUCCAGAUUUAUUUGAAAGAGAUAUUUACUGCUGCAGACCUCUGGGUGACUUAUUUCCUCCUUAAGACGCGUUCAAUGUGUGAUACCUUUUUUUUUUUUUUAUCUUAUUUUAAUUUUCUUCCUGUGUUUCUAUUUAAACGCAUGGACAGAGUGCCCCCCCUCCCCCCUCCAUCCACCACAGUCUUAAGAAUCACAUGCAAUAUGUUGUCCUGAGCGUGGCAAAUACUGGUACGUCAUCAAAGAAUAAAUGUAUUAAAGCUGCCCUCGUUUUACACAACGCGUCGUUUGUCAGCACAUUGUGAGUCUGGAAGCGUUGGGGUUUGUUUUUCUUCUGAUGGGAAACAAGAGGAAAGGUUGCACAUCCUAAAGAAAAGAGAAAACUUUUUAAGUCUUUUAUUUUGUAGGGUCAGACUUUUUGAUCUAAUUGAAGGCAUUUCUAAAUUAACCGUAUUAAAAGUUAGUUUGCGACUCGUCCAGAUGCACUUUUAUGGUUGAAGAUUAUUAAAAAAAAAUGAUAUGAUGUAUCAGUUUUGCAUUUAGGAUUGUGGAAAAGGAUUCUGUAUGGGAGAAGUGCUGCUUCCUCCUUAAAAAAAAUAAAAAAUUCCAUCAAGUUUUCAGCUCACCAGAGGAAGAACAAAGAAAAUUAUUUUUUUUUUUAAACUCCAGAAUUUUUUUUGUUUUAUAUUUAUUCAUACUAUGUGUUUGCCUGUAUUCUUACUUCAGUGUUCAUCAAAAAAAAAAAUACGGCACACCAGAACCAAACUGCAGGUCUCAUCGCUCUUUUUCUGUUGGUUUAAGGUGGAAUGUUUUUGACUUUUUUCUGGUUUCUUUUUAAAGGGAAAGAUAUUUUUCUGAUCAUUUUCAUAAAUAUUUUUUUUCUCAUUUUUAUUCCAAAUUGAUGAGAAUUAUUUCUGAUCUCUGUGCUUAUGGAUGUAAUGAUUCUACAAGUGCAUUAAAUUGAUUCCUUAAGAGUAAAAUCCAAGUCAUUGUGGUAGCAGAAGUGUGACGUUAAAAAAUAAAUUGUAGCGAAAGAAGUGUAAUAUUA